AUGGCUUAUAGUGCAAACAAAAAAUUUACAAUUAUCUGGUUGGAUUCGGACGCGAACAACAGUGAAGAUAAUCUUUUUACACAACAAAAUCUAUUUCAAGCUUUUGAUAAUGUUGAAAUAUAUGAAGCAGAAAAUGAAUGUCAAGAAUAUAUUCAAUCGAAGCCACAAAUAUCAUUUUUAAUUAUUGUCAGUGGUAGAUUAAGUCGACAAAUAAUACCUAAUAUUCAUGAACUUCCACAACUUUCUGGUAUCUAUAUAUUUUGUAUGAAUAAAAAAAGCCAUGAAGAAUGGUCCAAGCAAUAUCAAAAAAUUAGAGCUAUUGUUGUUGAAUUAGACCAAUUAAUUUCCAAGAUUCGAUCUGAUCUACGAAAAUUGACAAAAACAAGUCUUCCAAGUUCAAAUCCUACACCUAUAACAAAUGUACAUGAUAAUUCAAAUCGAACUCUUGAAGGUGCAAUGGCUGCUGUAUCAAUUAAUGAUUUGACAUGUCCAUUCGCUGGAUAUGACAGAGUAUCAAUUGUCUCUCUUGAACAAGCUAUUGCUCCUCUUGCUAAAUUUAUUGAUAAAGUCGAUCAAAUGGCUUGGAUAGUUAAACAAAAUUGUCAGAAUCCACCAGAUGGUCUAACUGAUGAUGAAUCAGCUGCAAUAGCACUUUAUACAAUGGAAUGGUAUUCAAAAGAAAUGACAUUUAACUAUAUUUUUAAUCAAACAUUACGUUCAGAAAAUAAAGAACAAUUAAAACCAUGGUUUUUUUAUUUGAAACUUAUUUUAAAAGCACUUUCAAAAUUACCAUCAAUAACGCGUGUUGUUUAUCAAGGAACAAAUAAAGAUGUUAGUAAUGAAUAUCCUAAUGGACGAAUAUUUUCAACUUGGGAAUUUUCAAAUUGUACAUCAUGUAUUAAAGCACUUGAAGAUGAUGAAAGUUUUGGUAAAACAGGUCAACGAACACUUUUUACUAUUGAAUGUCAUUCAGGUAAAUUAAUUAGUGGUCAUGCACAUGAUCAAUCAAAAGAUCAAGUUCUUCUUUUACCUGGUCGAAAAUUUCAAGUUAUUUCUUGUCUUAAUGCAGGCAAUGAAUUGACUAUUGUUCAAUUGCAAGAAAUGGAAACAUCGUAUAAUUUUAAUUAA